AUGGGUCCACAUAAGUGAGCAUAGACUUGCCGGAUGGAUAGAUAUACAGAUAUCUAAGCUAGUACUCCUCCUCCAUCUUCUUCUUCAUCAUCUUCUUCAAAUCUUGACAGUAAAGAAAUGGAAAUGGAAAAGGAAUGGAAUAACGAGGCAAAAGCCCUUUCAAAUCUGCCAUCUUUAUCAUCAUUCUCAUCACUCCCACUGAUUUCCCAAUCUCCAGACAACUCAGGAACGCGAACGCCGCCGAUCAACACCACCGCAUCUGUUCCUUUCCGAUGGGAACAAGAACCAGGAAAACCCCAUCCAUGCACAGCCCUAAUCACAUUUCCAAUCACAACCCAUAACAAAUACCUACAAUUACAGCUUCCUCCAAGACUACUUCAGUUGCCGGCGCCGGCAGACUCCAAAUUGACUUCUCCGACGACUGUAUUGGACCAAGGACCUUAUAUGGUGGAGCAGGGUUCAUUUGGGAGAGCUCAGUUGGGAGAUAUGGUGUUGAUUAAGAACAGGGGAGGAGGAAAGGGAAAAACAGGGUUUUUUAGGUCUUGGCGAAUGGGUAAGAAGAAGAGUAACAAUGGAGAAAAGUUUGAUAAUGAUGAUGAUGAUGAUGAUAAUGAGAUUAUUAAGAUGAGGAGAAAUGGAAGCUUGAUUUCCCAUAACAAGGCGAAUCUUUUCUUGCGAUUCUUUGUGAGGAAAUCAAGCAAGUGAUUCCAUUGAAGGUUGAAGAAGAAUUCAAUAUGAAUUUUUAAUUAUGUGUUUCUAAUUUUGAUCAAAUCUCUUCAACUUCUUUUCUCUAUUUGUAAAAUCAACAAACUCUCUUUUUUUGUGUAGCUUAUAACUACUUAGUUUGUUCUGCAUUUUUCAAUAGUAAUAUUUUGUUUAGCAAUGUUUGAUGUGUAGUCA